AAAGGCAGACAGGGUGGGGGCUGACCGGACAUGCUGUGGUAGGGAGUUCCAGAGGAUGGGAGAGGCUCUGGAGAAGUCCUGGAGGCAAGCGUGGGAGGAGGUGAUGAGGGAGCUAGAGAGGAGGAUAUCAUGGGAGGAGCGGAGUGGGCGAUUUGGGUGGUAUCUGUGGAUGAGGUUGGCGAUGUAGCUGGGGGCAGUGUUGUGGAUGGCUUUGUAAGCUGUGGUUUGUAUUUUGAAUUUUAUAUGUCGGGUUAUGGAGGCCAGUGGAGGGAUUGGCAGAGAGGGGUGGAGGACACUGAGUGGAGGCCAGUGGAGGGAUUGGCAGAGAGGGGUGGAGGACACUGAAUGGAGGCCAGUGCAGGGAUUGGCAGAGAGGGGUGGAGGACACUGAGUGGAGGCCAGUGGAGGGAUUGGCAGAGAGGGGUGGAGGACACUGAGUGGAGGCC